CAACUGGGGGUCUGGGGGCUCCGCUCUGGAGGGGACGCCCGGAGCUGGGGGUGUGAGGGGGCCGAGGGUGGGUCCGGUCCUGCCCCCGCUCAGCCGGGGACAUUCCCGCAUCGGGAGGGAUAAUUCACGGCCCGGGAAGCGGGAAUGCCCGGCCGGGGGGCUGCGGGGGGCUCCCCCCGGAGAGGAGGAAGGAGAGGAGGAGGAAGGACAGGGCUGCGCUCCCCGCCGAGGAGAGAGGGGGUCCCGGAGAGCCCAGCCCGGGCUGCGGCUCUGCCGGGACCCCGCGGCACUCUGGAGACCGCGGUGGUCCCGGGCACGGCUGCGGCCGCCCCUGGGAGCUCGGUCAGAGGCUCGGUUCGGUUCGGUUCGGUUCGGUUCGGUUCGGUUCGGCCCAGCCUGACGGGAGCUUCCAGCGGUGCUGAACGGCGGGAGCCGGGACCCGGCCCCGGGGGGAUCGGCCGCGGCCCUGGGAAGGCUCGGAGCGUCCCGGGCACGGGGCUGGAGCGGGCACUGAGCGCGGGCACGGGCCGGUGCGGGGCAGGAUGUGCGGGUGUGUGCAGGUGUGCGGUGUGUGCGGUGUGUACAGCGUGCACAGGUGUGUGCAGGUGUGCACAGCUGUGUUCAGGUGUGUUCACAUGUGUUCGGGUGCACACAGGUGUGUUCACAUGUGUGUUCACGUGUGUUCAGGUAUUCAUAGGUGUGUUCACAGGUGUGCACAGGUGUGUUCAGGUGUGCACAGGUGUGUUCAGGUGUGCACAGGUGUGCUCACAGGGGCUCAGUCCGUGCUGUCCGUGCAGCCCCGGUUUCCCGCGGCCGCUGUGUGUGUGGGUGUGGUGGGGGUCGCACCCCCUGAGAGCCCCCCACACCCCCGGGCCUGCCGGGGCGGGGCGGGGCGGGGCCGCCCCCUCCUCCGGGGCCGCCUCCCGCGGGCGCGCAUCCGCUCCGCUCUCCCGGGAGAUCCGCGGGCACACCUCCCGCUGGGAGCGCGCCGAGCCGGGCCGAGCCGAGCCGGGCCGGGCCAUGGCCCCGGCGGGCCGCGCGGCGCUGCGCUGCGCGCUGCUGUGCGCGCUGCUGUGCGCGCACGGAGCCGCUCCCACCCGCGCAGGAGAGUGUGGCAAGCUGAGCUCCUGCGAGGUGUGCACAGGCAGCAGCCGCCCCCACAACGGCACCGACUGCGUCUGGGUGGGCUGCAGGACCCCCGAGGAGCCAGGAGCAGGGAGCUGCGUGCAGCGGGGCUCGGCGGUGCCGGGGACCUGCGCCCUCUACAACAGCAGCGCCCUGUGCCCAGCACUGAAGUCCCACACGGAAGAACCUCCACGACCGCACAGCAAGGAGCCAGUGACACACUCCACAAGGACCACCACGAGUGCCCCCCUGACGGGCAGCCCCGAGUUCCACCCGCCCGGCUUCGACACGGCGAGUUUCGUGGGGGGCAUGGUGCUGGUGCUGUGCGUGCAGGCCGUCGCCUUCUUCGUCAUCAAGUUCAUCAAGUCCAAGGACAGCACCUACCAAACGCUAGAGGACAACCAGUAGGUUCUGGGUGCCGGCAGUGGGGAGGGGGUGUCCCCCCGCACCCCCAGAGCUCCAGCCCCGCUCGCAGCCCCCCGGGCAGGGGGGGGCCGUCCCUCCUGGUUUGCAUGGCCGGUGGUUCCCAGCUGGUUUUGCUGUUUCCUGUCAGUUGUUAGAGAGGGAAAGGAUGGGGGAACCCCCCUCGCCCCCUUUCUGGCAUGGAGCCCCUCGGGGGGGCAGCCCCCCCAUACUGGGGAGGUGUCCCCAGCGCCCCCAGCCCCACCCUGAGCCUCCCUGACAGCAUGGCAGCUGCAGGGCUCCCAGUAUGGCCCCAGUUUGGCCCCAGCAGCCCCCUUCCCCCUCUCAGCACCCCCUGCCCCACUGCCUCCCCACAGCCUUGGGUCCCCCCUUCCCCUCGUGGUGUUUUUCCCUGUGGCACUGUGGCUGGAGCCCCCGCCGUGCCCCCCGUGCCCGCCCCAGGAGCGGAGCCAGGCCCUUGCUGUGUGCUUUUGCUGUGCCUCUGUGUGCUCUGGGGGGGCUCGGGGGGGCCCUCUCCCCCACCCUCUUUCUGUGUGCUGUUUUGGGGAGGGGGCCGCGUGUCGUGUGCCGUGGGGUGACACUUGUAGCUGCCCCCAUUAAACUCUGCCAGGUGGAGUCUGUGCUGUGUGCGGGGGUCGCUGUGCCUGGGGGGGCAGUCCAGCCCUCCCCGUGGCGUGGGUGGGCACCGGGGCACCCCCAGCACCCCUGGGCGCUGCGAGGGGCUGGGACCCCCAGGGUGAACCCCGGGGCCUUUCCUGCCACGUCUCCUCUCUGUCCCACGGCCCAGGAUCUGAGUCCCUCCAGGCUGGGGGCGCUGUCCCCGCCCUCCCCAGGUGACGAGGCCACCGCCGGUGUCCCCUGCCCCGGCCGGACUGCCCCCCUGCACAGCCCCCCACGACUAUGCAAACCGGGGACACCAGGGUGGGACAGACCCCCCAGCCCCCCCGGGGGUUUGGGCCCCCCCGGGUGCUCCGGGGGAUGCAGCUGGGCAGGGGGGACCCCAGCCCUGGAUUCCACCUUCAGCCCCCCCUGUGCUGGCACCCCAGAGGACAGGGGGGCACUGGGGGAGCCUUUGCCGGCCCCACAGCGGGCAGAGCCCGAGCUGGAACAGCGGGGACAGAGACCAAUAAAGGAUUUUCCUGUAA